CGCCCACGCCGGCGCAGUCCCCAGCCGACCGCGCACCGACUCACGCGCACCGUAACAGUGAACUCUAGUGCUGUGACAGUGAUGACAGUGUGCUGAAGCUUGCAUUGUGAUCAUGUUGAGGACAAGGGGUGAUAAUAUGAUUGGGGGGCUAUGGCUGGCCGCGGUGCUAGCGCUAGCGGCUCCAAGCUCGGCCGGCCACCACCGCCGCUCCAUGCCAACACAAUCGGCUCUCCCGUUGUCCAAAGGCGGCUGGAGGCCAGUGAUAGGCUCCGGCGGCCUCGUGUACGGCGCGUACGGCACGGCCCCCCUCCAUGCGCCCCCCACCUACAAAGUCCCCGCGCCCGUCCCCGUGCAGGACCAGUACGCCUCCUCCGCCCGCCCGCUCGUCACCCGCGACGCCACCAAACUCACAUCCAUAGCCCAGUCCUACCGCCCUACGACCCUCAGAACUGUCCCCACCCAACCUCCCCUCAACCAACCCAUCAACUCCUACCACAACCCUUACAACAACGGCCUGACCCACUUCAAAUACAUCCAGAACUUCCCGGUCGAAAGCGUGCUGAUCAGAAACCCACAUAACCCUUACGCUGCGAGACCAGUCUUCACAAAAUACCCACAGAAGUUCAAGCAGCCAAUCCAGCAGCAUCUUCAACCGGUCCAAUACCAAUAUCAAACUGGGAAGCCUUUCGAUAUCUACCCAAAGCCUGCUGACUUCUCAAAGCCAGAGAAGAAACCGCAAUCGAGCGAGACUGAGAUCUAUAAGCCUGAAGUGUACAAACUGCCAGAUAAUGAGGCUGCCCAGCAAGCUCUAAACCAGCAGGUGAAGACGGCUCAGCAGCAGACAUUCCCGCUGCAGAGCUUCGCGCAGAACUUCCCCGGUCAGAAGAUACCCGUCAACCCGUAUUCGCAUUACACGUUCCAGGACAACUCAUUCCCACCGCGAAUUUUUGGUACGUUCAGCCCGUUCAACGUGCAAUCCGUCAAAGGACAGACCCCAGGGUUCCCGACUAGGACGACUUUCAUACCUCAACACCAACAGCCGACGAGACAGACUAUCUUCAACUCGUUCAGCUACUCUCCCAACUACAAACAGACUCCGAAUUACUUCCCAACAACUACGCCGAAGCUGCAGUCGACUGUCAACCAAAUACAUUUUGGGACGGCCGUCACCGACUACAACAAGAAUGUUCCAACGCAGCCACCCAAAGUUUCUACCGCUCCAAAGAUUGACCCUAACGCAGGCAAUAAGGGCGGCUUCAAAGCUAGCCCACAAGAUCCCUUCUCAAAACAAUACAGCUCAGACUACAACAAAGUAACAACAUACAACCCAGUACAAACGACCACUUUGGCAAACUACUACAACGAUUUCCAAUACCCGGUGCAACAGAACUUCCAAGCGCAAAACUAUUACGACCAGCAAACGAUUAAUGCGAAUUACGAGAAGAAGAAACACAAGAUCCAUGAUAACUUCGCCGCGGGCGGCAACCAGGAAGUAUCCCAGCAGUACAUAAACCCGCCUAGUCAUUUAGAGGGAACGCCUAAUUCCGUUCCUUUCCGAGCAACUUAUGAAGUGACGGAAACUUACUCUGACGAACAUCACACACAUUCGUCAAAAGCGCCGUGGACCGCGAGCCCUGACUACGACCAUCAGAAAGUCACCGAUGAAGCGGUUACAAAGCAGCAGUAUUAUGACUCCUCCUUUAAGUCUGAAACUACGCCGAUCCCCGAAGAGUUCGCUAUUGUAACAGAAGCCGAAAAAGGCUACGAAAACUCUUUGAAUUACGACGGAAACGUCGAAUCUCAAAGCAGAAGGCCGCUUGGCGACGACUUUGAACCUAUAGGAAAGCACAAGCUGAAAGACUAUUACUACAAAGUCACUCCUUCGUACGACGACCACAGCCCGCCGAGACGAACGAAGAAGCCGACUGAGGCGUACAAGCAAACGAGUACUCAAGCAGCCACGACCACCACCACUACCACUACAGGCAACGACGAAAACAACGAUCUUCUAGUUGAGCCUCUGCCUACGCUUCCUCCAAACAAGCACUUCAAGCGCCCAAGUACUAUUCCACCAACUGAGAAGGAAAAACAAAGGAAAAGGAUCAAGAACCGAAGGCGUCGUCCCCCACUAGCCAACAUCCACCACAGGGAAGAAUCUAGCACUGCUAAAUACGUCCAAUCCUCAAUCGAACUCGCACCCACGACUGACGCCGGCGACGAAUACCAGGCCUUCACUCGCAGACCAUCGAAAUAUAAAAGUCAGUACAACCUCACCACUCCCGGUGUGAACGACGAUUUAAUAACAAGCGCUCUCCCCACCAUUGCACCCACAUAUCCAACGAUAGCAAAGAAGAAACUCGGCCACCGUAGACCACUAACUACCACAGAAAGAUACGAAACUACAACACAAUCUUACCGGGACUACGAUUCUAACAAUGAGUCCCCAAUAAUGAAGAUAGCGACACGACCACAACUCAAAGUAACCCAACGCCCGAUUGAAACAAAGAGUGAGACGCCAGAUUACACACACAAGCAGGAUGAAAAGGACACACCCACCAGCGAUAUAGCAGUCAGUUUAAGCGACACACUAAAAACUACCAGACCUGAUAAGGAUUUCUCGUUCCAUAGAGACCUUAAGCCAUUAGACGCUGAAUUAGAACCAAUUAGAGGUCAUAGGGAAACCACUACUCAAUCUCUCAGCAGUGAAGUAACAGCAACCACCACUACUCCCAGAGUUGAAACUACACCCGACCCACCCGCGAAAGUACUAAGACCUAGACUGAAGAAUAAAUAUGAAAGUAACCGACCUCGGUUCAGCGUAAAAGACUACAGAAAUCGCCUCAGCUCUACUACAAGCACCACAGAAAAAUCUGCAGAUACGCAACACGCGCCGAAAGUAAGAUUCCCCCAAAGAAGACCGUACAACGAAAACAACAGAUACAAUAGUGAAAAUGAUACCGCUACUGAGAGAAAGAAAUUUGUGCCUAAAGAUCCGAGACACAAGGUGAGCGACGCGACUGAGGCCCCUGAGCAAACAGAGCAGACGCAUGCCAGGCAGUCCAGCAGAGUGAGACAGACGACAGUAGAACCUACAGAGGGAACGACGCAAAAGAUCUCAUCUCGCAUCCGCAACGGUUCCCGAAGACCGAGGCCUACCACUGAGGAAGCCACAGAGCCCACCAGCCCUACCACGGUCACUCACAAAAGACUGACCCGGAAAAAGAUAAAAGAUUCCGAAAUCGGUGAAUCAGUACAAGACAUCAGCGUGACAGAAACUACCACAGACCACAAAGAAGACAUCACUUCCGAGAGAACGCGGUCAGAAAGCGCCAUUAUGAAAAUAGCUGAUAAGAAACACCACGAUCCAAUUGAGCAUUUAUUUGAGCACUCAAAGCGGGUGUCUGAUUUAACCCUAGCGGCAAGCAAAGACUACAACACUCCAGGCAUGUUCAAAACCGUAUCUCAAAGUAGUAGAAGAGUACCCAGCUACUUUACCAUAGCGACGGAUGACCCUAUCCUGCCCAUCGAGGCUUUCUUCCCACAAUUGAACCAAAAGAAGGAAUCGUAACGUUCCUAUUAUAUUUAGGUAAUUUCACAAACCAAAUCCUUUCCACUGCCAAAGCGAGAUUAACUCUUAUGGCUCCUCUACACCAUCGGCAAUGAUUGCCGAUUACAGAAUGGGCCACGAUUCCAUCGUGUGGGCCGAGGAUCAUGGGCCAUUAUACCCGAUCGGGAACACCUGUGCAAUUGCCAUCAUGGCCAAUGGAGUAGAGGAGCCCACACAAGACAGUCUAGUUGUAAAAGGCUUUUGAAGUGCUGUUUCACAGAAGCAAUGCCAUAAGUUUGUGUAUUUAAUGGUGAUGAUGGUUAUUUUUCGAUCUAGAAAUAUAUUCCUAAACAGUCGCGAUCAUGAAAUGUAGUUUUCUGUUCCUGGUGUGUGGUUUUACAAAGGCCUUAUGGCAACAUUGUAGAAGUUUACUCGUGAAACUAUUUCAAAGCUGACGGCCCGAUUCCAACUUUAAGAUACGUCAAAUAAUACGACUAGGCGGCCUAGUCAAGGUGACGAUCGCUUGCGCUUCGCCAUCGUAUCGCUUUGCGUCUUUCUGUCACUCUUCCAUAUUAGUGUGAUAGUGACAGUUGCGUUUCGUUCGCUACGUAGCGUUAGCGAUUGGCAUGUUGUCUACGGGGCUAUAGAUACGAUAUGGAUAAGAUUGUCAGUGUCAAAAAUGACGUUUUUGUUUGAAGAAACGUCACUUUUGACACUGACAUCUAAUUCAUAAUCGUAUCUAGUCGAAAUAUUUGACGUAUAUUAAAGUUGAAAUCGCGUCGUAAGACUUUUACAAAUAGCGCUGCAUUUAUUAAUGAUUCUAUGUUAUAAUCAAUUAAUCACGUACAAUUUCAUCAAGCAAAAAUUUACUACGGCUGCCUCCUUAUUUUGGGACUUAUAUCCUCUAGCCGCCCAGAGACCUAUAAAAAGGUCUCCUGUUCCAUUCUAAUUUGAACUUUGUGUUGGUGAAAUCAAAAUUUAAUUUUGCUUGGCAAGGUUUGACGUAUGGCUAGAGGAUAUAGACUUUACAUCACUCGAUAUAGUCGAUAUAGGUACAAAAGUGGAGAUUCAGCGCUCUGUUCUCUUCCUACGUUUAGCGUAGCUGAACUUUAUUGUGUAGACAAUAAAGUAUGUUUUUGCUUGCUGAAAACAUUAUUAUUUAUUGUCUUUACUAACUCGGAUAGGUAGUUGACUAGUUGUAAGUAUACAGAUUUAUUUUGGUGCUUGAAAAUGACAAAUCGUCGGCCUAAAUCGCAAACCUCGUAACUCCUCCGGGGGAGUUACGAGAUUUGCGACUAUAAGUAUUGUUCUCCAAGGUAGCAAUUACUAAUUUCCUUGAAAUGGAAUUACGAGGUUUGCGAAUUAGGCCGACGAAAUGUUUUCCUUGAAAAGUGCCCAAGAAUCGAUGUAUUUUACUAUAUUUUAAUUGUUUGUAAAUUUUGGUGCUCAUGUUAGCAUGUAAGUUUAUAAGUGUUGACAUAAUUAUAUUUCUUAUCAAGUGAUAUAUUGACGUAUCCGAGUUUAGUUGAAUGUAACAUUUUAAUAAUAAAUAUGACUAAAAGUCAUUCCUUUCCAUUACAAUAUUAAUAUAAUACAAAUAUUAUAAUUCCCAAUAAUCGAUGUUUUCAUCCUUAUCGGAUGUCGUAUACGAGAUAAUUCUGGAACUUAUUAGUGUUUCUAUUUUUCAAAAUUUGUUAGAAGUAAGGAAAUUAAGUAUUUCGAGGAAUUGAAUGAACCCAGUGUGUCUUUAAUUCUUUAUAAACUGACUGUAAAAAAGUGAGCGUGUUUGUGUGUGUGAGCUAAGCCAGAGAAGAAACAGUAGUUCAUCUCUCAAGAUUCUCUUAAAUUUUUCGCGGGGUUUCUUUAAAGAUGAGUUAUUGUUAAACUAUAAUGUAUGUGCGUAUAAUUACUUAUU